AUGAAUCUGUCUGGUCUCACGGGUUCUGCGCCUGAUCUCUCGGGGGACUCAAUUGCUGGUACUACCCAUGAGUGGUCUAUCAAGACCAACUACUACACUGCAAGCGUCCCAAUAUGGCUUGAUGAGAUACAUGAGCCUGAGAUAUGGUGUAAGGAAUUUUUGGCACCAGAAGCUCGAGAAGUUUUGACAGUACUUGGUGCCUUUAUUGUAUGUUUUCGAAAGCCAAUCGAUGAAGCCGAGUUGCAAGCUUUUAAGAUUCUUCUGGAGAGUGUGGCCGAAGUUGUGAAGGAAGGUUGUGGCUAUACCUGGGAUGGUGUCUGUUUAGCUGUGGCAAUGCCACAGUCCACGACUCCGUGCUUGGAGAAGAAGUUCGACGAGUGGGAAGAUUUAUGCCAGGAGCAUGGUUUUGAGUUUGUUGACUUUGAAAGUAAGGGUAGAAAUGAAUACUCAGAACCUAUGGGCCUCGAAAGGUUGAAGGAAGCUUUAGAAGCGAAUGAAUGGGAUGGAGGUGACGAUGACGGGGAAGGAAUUGAUUUAGGCGAUCUCGAAGAGGAUGGUGAUGACGAUAAAAGUAUUGGAUUUGGAAUCGAAGCAGCUGAGAUGGAGAUGGAGAUGUUCGGUAUGAAACAGGCAAUUCAAAACGAGUCUACGGAAAAUACGGGCGCCGAUGAGGAAGAUGAGAAUGAGGAUGGAGUAGAACAGCUUGAAGCUUUAAUGUUGAGGAUGCAAGCAGUCAAAGAUAUGGGAGCGGAUUUGCCUGAAGCGGAGAGGAAAAGGUUUGCUGCAAAAGCCGUUAACGAUUUAAUGAAAACGUUAUAA